CAUGUUCUGCCCAUUGCAUCCAGUGAGUCCGAUGAGGAAGCUGAUAUGGGUGCGCUGGCUUCCUCUCCGUUACGGAAGCCAAAUAAAGCUGAAUUCGUGGCGGGGUAUGCACAGAUUCUACAAUUAUGAGAGAUCAGUUCGUUCGAGCGCGCCGAACGACACAAACAUUUGGUAACGCUGAUGUACCACGCACAGCUAUACGAAUGGGAGGCGGUGCUUGCCUUCCAUGGAGCGGUUUUGCUUGAAAUCGAACGUGGCUUAUUGAAGUGGGGUGAUUCCUUUUCCCACCUCGAAAGCAGAACCCUCCAUGGUCAGCUACUUUCACCGCCGAAAAAGCAGUCUUACAGUUCAGGGCCGACAUUGUUUUGUAGAGAUUAUCAACGCGAGAAGUGCAUUCAUACCAAGGAUCAUUAUGGUUACGUCCGAGGCGAACGUAAAUGGGUAAAACAUAUUUGUGCGGCUUGUUGGGUACAAUCGAGAAAACAGGAAUCGCAUAGAGAGGAUUCAUCUGAUUGUCCGCUUUCAGGGGAAUAAAAAAACUGAUAAACUUCGCCCUUGGUCAAGACAUUGGGGGCGUUCCUUCCGUUACUGUUGCUUCAUUUCCGGAUAUGUCGUUUUGUGCUUUGAAUGCUGAUGCUUGCUCCCAGCCGCUAAAGGCUGCAGUUCCUGACUGUCGUGGCUUUUCCACGGGCGCUGAUUAUAUUCAUGAUGUGUGUUUUCCUCAGCCGGUGGAGGCUGGUGUUCUAGACUGUCGUGGUUUUUCCACGGCCUUUCCUCGUGACUCUCAGCAGGCGAAUGAUUUUUAUUUGUACGCACAUGAGUUAGUUUUUCGUUCUGGCCGCCCGAACUUUGUGGUUUCUCGCCUGCCCGUUCCAAGUUCCCUAAAGAUCAAUACUUGGAGGACUUUGUUGUAUGAUUAUGACGACCAAAUGAUUUGUGAUUUCCUGGAGUUUGGUUGGCCGGUGGGUUUCACUGGCGAUACUGUUCCUAUUUUUGAUGCUCGCACUCACCGGGGUGCGCUCAAUUUUGCGACUCAAGUUUCAGAGCAUUUACAACGUGAAGUCUCGCUUGGUCGUGUCGCUGGGCCGUUUACGGAUCCUCCCUUCGGGGGUGGAUUUGUUACUUCACCGUUGAACACGGUUCCCAAGCGAGAUUCUGAAGAACGUAGGGUAAUUGUGGACUUGAGCUGGCCUAAGGGCGGUUCAGUAAAUGAUGGUAUUCCGUGUGAUAGUUUUCUGGGAGAUCCGUUCGUGACUUGUUAUCCCACUAUAGAUGACAUUGUGGAAGCGAUCGUGCAGUUUGGCCCGGGUUGUUUUCUCUAUAAGAGGGAUCUGCGGCAGGCGUAUAGGCAGUUUCCUGUGGAUCCCGGCGAUUACCGUUUACUUGGAUUCCUCGGCUUUGGCCUCUCUGCAAAAGGAUCUACGACAGACAUUACAAGCUGCUUAUAGCACAGGGACAUAUAGUAAUUUAAAGACUCAAUUUAAGGCCUUUUUUCUAUUUUGCUUAUAUUUUGACUUGACUCCAUUACCAGCAGACAUAGAUACGGUCUGUCUUUAUGUACAGUUUUUAAGUCGUUCGAUUGCACCACCUUCGAUUCGUAAUUAUUUAAGUGGGGUCAAGUUAUUACAUCUUUUUGCCGGUUAUGACUAUGCAUUUACUAAGGAUUUUAGUUUAUCCCUAGCCCUGCGGGGAGUUCCCCGUAGGAUACCACAUGUACCUCAGAGGGCUCCACCGGUAACUCCUAGCCUUUUAUUGCUAGUUGCGCGAACAGUAGAUUUUCAACAUGAUGCUAACUCUUCUACAUUGUAUUGCGCAUUUCUCUUUGCAUUUUUUCUUAUGGCGCGUAUAGCUAAUAUCGUACCGCGUUCUAUUAAGGCAUUUAAUCCUACCCGCGAUCUCACACGGGGUGAUGUUUUGUGUAACGAACACAGGCUUAUCGUCACGUUUAAGCAUACAAAAACUAUUCAGUUCGGUCAGCGUCGAUUACACAUUUCUCUGUUACGUAUUCCAGGCUCGUUAUUAUGUCCGGUCGCUGCCUAUAACAACAUGAUUCGCCUGGUACCCGCUUCUGCACGCAAACCGCUGUUUUUAUUGCUUGGUCAUUCAGGCCCGUUUGCUUUGACGAAGUCCCGUUUUGUUACCGAAUUUCGUCUGGCGCUUUGCUCAGUGGGGGUUGCUCAUGCUGACUCAUAUCGGGGUCACUCAUUUCGACGCGGCUGUGCCUCUUGGGCGUUUAACCACGGAGUACCAGGGGAAUUGAUACAGUUGUAUGGUGAUUGGGCUAGUGACUCUUACAAAUUGUAUUUAGAAUUUAGUAAUCAAUCAAAAUUGGCGCUUGCUUCCCAGCUACGUGCUUCCAUUCAGGCCAGUAGUUAGGCCUUCUGCACUGUUUUGUUGUUUGGCCGGUGGUUUGGUGGCAGAGAGGUUUAUUAUUAUUAUUUUAGUUUUUCAUUUAUCAGUUUGUAGUGAUUUUAUAAUAAACUUCUCUUAUGCCAAACACAAAACAGUGUCAGUGGUUUAUGUUGGGUUGAGGAAUUGACAUAUAUUUUGGCAUAUUUCAGAUUUCUCAUGUGUUUUGUUUUGCCGUUAAUUGUAUCAUGUUUCACCACUGUCUUGGAAUACUGAUUUGAAUUUUCCAUAUCUUUCGCAAGAUUUCUUACGAUUAUGUUUUCUGGUUUUACUAUUAGAACGAGAAUUUUGCGAUUACAGCAAUCCCUGCUAUAAUAACGGUACAUGCCAAGGUAACACCACAAACUACAUCUGUACGUGCGAGAGUCCAUACGAGGGGAGGCUCUGUAGAAAUUCAUAUGAGCCCGGAAGUAUGCGGCCCUGAUGUUUUAACCUUAAAAGAGUGCCAGUAAAACCAUCGAGACUCUACUUUAUUUUAGCCAUAUGUCAUCCAUAUGGAAUAGAGACUUCCAAAAUUCCCGACUCUUCGAUCACCGCUUCGUCUGAGGAUGGUGAAUUUGUAGCAGCGAAUGGAAGACUUAAUAACCCUAGCUGCUGGAAACCUGCUAUCAACCAGGUGGGCGAGUAUUUCCAAGUCGAUUUCAACGAGCGAAAAUUUGUUGAUAAGAUCGCGACUCAAGGGCAUCCCCCAAACGAGUGGGUAACACGAUAUGGGCUGAUGUCCCUGAAAAACGCGGGCGAUACUGAUUGGGAUGUAUAUCAGGAUUAUGAUGGGAAUACAGACAGCAACACCACAGUGUCCCACAUGAUAAGUGUACCUUAUCAUCAGGUUGUCCGCAUAGUGGUGAAGGCGUGGCACAACGCUAUUGCUAUGAGGGUGGAGAUGAACAGAUGUUAGUUUUACACUUAAAAAACAUCAUCUGAAAAACGUUCUAUAGAUACUUCUGUAGCACCAUUAGAGCGUACAGGAGACCAAUAGAGGGGAAAGAGUACCAUUAGAGGGUACAGUAGUACCAUUAGAGGGUACAGUAGUAUCAUUAGAGGGUACAGUAGUACCAUUAGAGGUUACAGUAGGACCAUUAGAGGGUACAGUAGCACCAUUAGAGGGUACAGUAGUACCAUUAGAGGGUACAGUAGUACCAUUAGAGGUUACAGUAGGACCAUUAGAGGGUACAGUAGCACCAUUAGAGGGUACAGUAGCACCAUUAGAGGGUACAGUAGUACCAUUAGAGGGUACAGUAGCACCAUUAGAGGGUACAGUAGGACCAUUAGAGGGUACAGUAGUACCAUUAGAGGGUGCAGUAGUACCAUUAGAGGGUACAGUAGCACCAUUAGAGGGUACAGUAGUACCAUUAGAGGGUACAGUAGUACCAUUAGAGGGUACAGUAGCACCAUUAGAGGGUACAGUAGUACCAUUAGAGGGUACAGUAGUACCAUUAGAGGGUGCAGUAGUACCAUUAGAGGGUACAGUAGGACCAUUAGAGGGUACAGUAGUACCAUUAGAGGGUACAGUAGCACCAUUAGAGGGUACAGUAGGACCAUUAGAGGGUACAGUAGUACCAUUAUAGGGUACAGUAGCACCAUUAUAGGGUACAGUAGUACCAUUAGAGCGUACAGUAGCACCAUUAGAGGGUACAGUAGUACCAUUAGAGGGUACAGUAGCACCAUUAGAGGGGAAAGCGUACUAUUAGAGGGGACAGUAGCACCAUUAGAGGGUACAGUAGCACCAUUAUAGGGUACAGUAGUACCAUUAGAGGGUACAGUAGCACCAUUAGAGGGUACAGUAGUACCAUUAUAGGGUACAAUAGUACCAUUAGAGGGUACAGUAGUACCAUUAUAGGGUACAGUAGUACCAUUAUAGGGUACAGUAGCACCAUUAGAGGGUACAAUAGUACCAUUAGAGGGUACAGUAGUACCAUUAGAGGGUACAGUAGGACCAUUAGAGGGUGCAGUAGUACCAUUAUAGGGUACAGUAGCACCAUUAUAGGGUACAAUAGUACCAUUAGAGGGUACAGUAGUACCAUUAUAGGGUACAGUAGCACCAUUAGAGGGUACAGUCCACUCGUACAGUAGCACCAUUAGAGGGUACAGUAGGACCAUUAGAGGGUACAGUAGUACCAUUAGAGGGUACAGUAGCACCAUUAGGGGGUACAGUAGCACCAUUAGUGGGUACAGUAGUACCAUUAGAGGGUACAGUAGGACCAUUAGAGGGUACUGUAGCACCAUUAGAGGGUACAGUAGUACCAUUAUAGGGUACAGUAGUACCAUUAUAGGGUACAGUAGUACCAUUAUAGGGUACAGUAGUACCAUUAGAGGGUACAGUAGUACCAUUAGAGGGUACAGUAGUACCAUUAGAGGGUACAGUAGCACCAUUAGGGGGUACAGUAGUACCAUUAGAGGGUACAGUAGGACCAUUAGAGGGUGCAGUAGUACCAUUAUAGGGUACAGUAGCACCAUUAUAGGGUACAAUAGUACCAUUAGAGGGUACAGUAGUACCAUUAUAGGGUACAGUAGUACCAUUAGAGGGUGCAGUAGUACCAUUAGAGGGUACAGUCCACUCGUACAGUAGCACCAUUAGAGGGUACAGUAGGACCAUUAGAGGGUACAGUAGUACCAUUAAAGGGUACAGUAGUACCAUUAGAGGGUACAGUAGCACCAUUAGGGGGUACAGUAGUACCAUUAGAGGGUACAGUAGUACCAUUAGAGGGUACAGUAGUACCAUUAGAGGGUACAGUAGCACCAUUAGGGGGUACAGUAGCACCAUUAGAGGGUACAGUAGGACCAUUAUAGGGUACAGUAGUACCAUUAGAGGGUACAGUAGUACCAUUAGAGGGUACAGUAGGACCAUUAUAGGGUACAGUAGUACCAUUAGAGGGUACAGUAGUACCAUUAGAGUGUACAGUAGCACCAUUAUAGGGUACAGUAGCACCAUUAGAGGGUACAGUAGCACCAUUAGUGGGUACAGUAGCACCAUUAGGGGGUACAGUAGCACCAUUAGAGGGUACAGUAGUACCAUUAUAGGGUACAGUAGUACCAUUAUAGGGUACAGUAGUACCAUUAGAGGGUACAGUAGCACCAUUAGAGGGUACUGUAGCACCAUUAGAGGGUACAGUAGUACCAUUAGAGGGUACAGUAGCACCAUUAGUGGGUACAGUAGCACAUUAGCGCCAUUAGCGACGGCUUUUGCGUCAUUUCUGUGAACUCCCUUGCGAAUCAUCAAUGCCGGAUAAGGGGGAGGGGGUGUCAAGGUUCUUAUUAUGCAAUCAAGCCUCCUUCUAUGGACUAUGGUCACGCUAAUAGACGUCUACAAACUAUAGGGAGACUUAGUUCUAGGACAGGUAAACGCCAUGUGCCGUUUCAAAUUCAAAUGUUUUAAAAUUAAUAUGAAACAUAAUCGACAUCGUUCAUUUGCAUGUAAUUUGCAUUUGAACAGCACAUAAAACAAACGGCUUUCGCACUAGCCUAAUGUUCGGCCGGGGCCUGGGUCCUGGGGUUGGAGUGAGACGGCUGAAAAUCAGGCUACGUUUGCCCUAAACGUAAGCCAAAUUAGCUGAUUUGCAGGCAUCUUUCCAUCUCUUAUAUCGUCCGCUUUUACCUCGCCUUCCUAAUUCAUUGUCCAUUGUUCAAGUUGCGAGAAAGUAAGGAAUCGAGAAAACAAUGAAUGGAUCUGGAGCAGACCCAUGAGGAUAUCAAAGGGAUAAUAACACACUUUCUUAGAAGGGUUACAACGAGUGCAGAGGAGGGACUUAGGCGCUUAUUCGCAUUAAUGCCACUCAUGGAUUUAAUGGGAGCAUUAUUAUUCCACUUCUUAUUGAGUGUUUGUCUCCUUUGUUUGCAAGGUUUUGAUUGAUUUAUACAUCCGCCCAGCUUCUGGUCUUCUUUUUCCCAGUUUUUCGUGUACAGAGGCUCCAUACACGCGAAAGCAUGCUUCGGCGAGCUGCGAGAUUGGGGAAGCUUUUUUCUUUUCAUUUCAUUUCUCUUUUUUUGUACAGAAUAGUGUAAAAUUAAAAAAGUAAUUGCAUGUUCCUCUAGGGUCACACAUCUGUUGCGCCUUCAGUGAUCGUAAUUAUGAUUACAGGUUCAAAUAAUACUUUACAUCACACAUUACGCAAACUUUUUAUCGGUAAGAAGAAUUAUGUUAAGGAGGUAAACUUGAAAAUUUGCCCACGCCCUUUUCCGCUCUUUACUUUAUAUCUCUUUCUAACAACACAAAAGAGCAAACACACGAUGUAGAUAGCUCGCGAAACAGACAGGGAGUCUGCUUUAGAUAUCAUUCGCAAACAAUGCCACUUUAACCUCUUCACCUUGUCUUUUUUUCCAUCUCACACGCCACAGCAUUUAGCUUCUCUGCCAGUCACCAUUCUCCCCCAAAAAUAACAAAUAUGAGAAAGUAUCCAUUUCAAUCGGCUGGAAAAGAUAUUUCGAUUGAAUUCGGUAAAUAGAUUUGCAAGAAUCAUUUUCGAUUGAAUUCGGUAAAUGAAUUAUAUAACUUUGUUGUCAAAUUGUUAGUUCGAAAUGUUAUCACAUAAUUGCCAUCUAGGAGGGACAGGAUAGGAGAGGGGCACUUUCCUGGGCUUUCCUUUAUUUUUCACAUCAACGCGCUUUUUAAAUGUACCUUAAAUAUAUAUCAAACCUUACAUGUAUAAAUCAAUUGAUAAAAUAUAAAUUGCUCGAAAAAAUUGUA